AUGGUCAGUGGAAGUUCUUUAACUUACCAUAAACGUAUCCAUACAUUGGAAAAGCCAUAUCAGUGCAAUAUCUGUGGCAAAUCUUUCUCUGUAAAUAGUAACCUAACUGUACAUGAACGUAUUCAUACAGUGGAAAAGCCUUAUUACUGUGACAUCUGUGCCAGAAACUUGACUACACAUAAGUGUAUUCAUACAGGGAAAAAGCGAUUUCACUGUGACAUCUGUGGUAAAUCAUUCUCUAUACAAUAUAACUUCACUAACCACAAACAUAUUCGUACAGGGGAGACACCAUAUUCUUGUGAUAUCUGUAGUAAAUCAUUCUCCCGCAAUAGCAGCUUAGCUUCUCACAGACGUUUCCAUACAGGAAAGAAGCCAUAUCGCUGA